AUGCGCUCACUCUUCGCGUUACCAACAACUCUACUCGCCCUGUCUUCCCUCAUCUCAGCUCUUCCUCAACAAUCACAACAAACGACCGUCCAAGCGAUAAACCCCAUCAACGGCCUCCCAAUAGUACCCGUGUCAGGCUCCGUGACAGCAACAGCCAGUGCCGCCAAACAAUCUUCCCCGAAAGACGACGAUGAUGAACCCACCACUUCAGCCUCAGUCUCAGAAGACUCAGACCCAUCACCAACCUCAACAAUAACAACACCCCCAAAUCUCUCCCCAACACCCACCAACCCGGCCUCCGCAACCACCUCAGAUUCCGACUCAGAGCCCACCCAGUCAAGCAUAGACCCAGACCUCGUAAUCUGGACUGACACCGCCGCCAACACCAUCAUCACCAUGACCAAAAUCUCCACCUACGACGGCCCCGACCCGACCGUCGGCGUCCCUCCACCCUGGGGCUCAGGCCAGCCGGAGCGGCCGACGAUCACGGUGGAGGUCACGGAUGCCGCUGGGCAUACGGAGCUGGUGCCGACGCGGAGUGUUGAUACGUUCGUUGUUGCUUACACCGGGGCGGCCGAGAGGAUAGGUGGUGCGAGGGCCGGGGGCGGGGAGCGGGUUUGGUGGUUGUUAGGUGUUGUUGGCGUUGGGGUUUGGGGGGCGUGGUAG